GUAAUGCUCCCAAAUGACCUUUAGACUACCACAAACCCUUCGGAAUCUACUGCAAAAUGGAUCUUCCAUAACCAAGGUGUCCUCAAGGGCAGUUAUCUCCGUUACAGGCUCACACGCAUCUGAAUUCCUCAAUGGAAUGCUCGCUUCAUCUAUCCCGGAUGCCCCAAAACGUCCUUUCUUUUCAGCGAUUCUCAAUCCUCAGGGUCGAGUCAUGUACGACUUGUUAGUCUUUUCUAAUCACGACCCAAAUGGCCGCCCUGGCUAUCUCCUAGAAUAUGAUGCCCGUCCAUCUGAGGCCGGACCCCUACACGACAUACUCAAGCGUUUUGUUCUUCGCUCUAAAGUGAAAAUACGCGACGUAACAUCAGAAUACGACGUCUGGGCCGCAUGGAAUUCACAAGAAGCGUCUGUAGCUACACCAAAUGACUGGCGUUUCGCUCAGAGCGGGGCAAUUGAACCUAUUUACCCAGCUACGGAAGAGAAUUGGCCAUGGGGCCGCAAAGACCAUGUUCUCGUUGACCGACGCGCUCCAGGGAUGGGAUCCAGAUAUCUAGUCCGAAAGGGCGAUAAACCAUCCCAUACAUCGUCGUUUGAAGAAGUAUCCUCGGAAAUGUACACAUUACAUCGUAUACUCCAUGGAGUUCCGGAGGGUAUCGAUGAUAUUUCUCCCAUGACCGCCUUUCCAAUGGAAUCCAAUUUAGAUAUUAUGGGUGGAUUGGAUUUUAGGAAAGGAUGCUAUGUUGGUCAAGAACUGACCGUUCGGACAUAUUACACUGGAGCAGUCCGAAAACGAAUUCUCCCAGUAAUGAUCAAAAGUGGUGAUGGAGAACUCAUGACGACGAGAUUUUCUUCCGGUUUGGACAUCAAGCCAACAGUAUUGUCUUCUUCCGCGGAGCGAGUUCCGCGCCCUCGAGGGAUUGGAAAACUGUUGAGCUCGACACAUGGGGUAGGUUUGGCGUUGAUGCGAUUAGAGCAUCUAGCCGGCGUAGAGAAGAAGGAGCUCGACCUUCGCCUUCAUUCUGAUAGAAGUGAUAGCUCCGAAUCCUAUCACGUAGAACAUUGGUGGCCCGAGUGGUGGCCACGAAAAGAAACAUAAGUCCAAGCCAGCCACCUACAAUUACAGAAUUCACCUGCCAAUGGGACAAACGACCACUUGUGCUUUGACACUUUUUAUCACGGCGGAAAAUAUCGCAGGUCACUAGAUUUAUCUACAUGUUACAUAUAUUUGGGAGCAUUGGAAGCACUGGCAUAAUUUACAGAAAACGAUCACUGGUACAAAAGUGUGUGUUUCUAGUUCUUCGGGGGGAUUGCUUUGAAUGAUUAUAAGUAAAUAUCCAUCGCUUUGGAUGCAUCAGAGACCA